AUGCCCGCCUGGAAGUCUCUACUGAGCGUCCUGGCUCUGGCCGGCACCGCAGUAUCCUGCGCCCACCACGGCGACGCCGAAGUCGUCCCCGAACAUGAGCGCGAAGAGCUUCUUAAGAAGUGGGAUCAAGAGUGGUCCUUCUCCGGAAUAUCAACCUUCGCCCACCUUCGCCCCGUAAAAUGUCUCAUCGAACCCACCGAAAACUACGACAUCGCCAUCAUCGGCGCCCCCUUCGACACAGCCGUCUCCUACCGACCAGGCGCCCGCUUCGGGCCCCGCGCCAUCCGCGCCGCCAGCGCCCGCCAAAUGUCGGGAACCAGCUACAACACGCGCGCGGGGAUAAACCCGUACAAAUCCUGGGCCAAGAUCACCGACUGCGGCGACAUCCCAAUCACCCCCUUCGACAACGGGCUGGCCGAGAGACAGAUGUACGAGGCGUUUCUGGAACUGGGCUCGCGCAAGAUUGUCAACGCGCCGGGUGGCAUUGCGGGUGCGGGCGUGGGCGCGCGCCAUCCCAAGCUUGUUACGCUGGGCGGGGAUCAUAGUGUUGCGUUGCCGGCGCUGAGGGCGUUGUAUCAGAUUUAUCGGAAGCCGAUUACGGUGCUGCAUUUCGAUGCGCAUCUUGAUACGUGGAAUCCUGUGCGGUACUCGGCUUAUUGGCAGAGUGAGCAGACCCAGUUUAAUCAUGGGAGUUUCUUCCAUAAGGCGAGUCGCGAGGGGUUGAUUUGUAAUUCGACCUCUGCGCAUGCUGGAUUGCGCACGCGUUUGACUGGUGUGGAUGAUGGGGAUUAUACCACUGCUGGACCCGAGCAGGGCUUUAUUCGGAUUCAUGCGGAUGAUAUUGAUGAGUUGGGUCCGAUGGGUGUGGUGGAUGCGAUUAUGCAGCGUAUUGGCAUGGAUCCUGAGCAGCCGGUUUAUUUGUCUGUGGAUAUUGAUGUGUUGGAUCCUUCGACUGCCCCCGGAACUGGUACUCCCGAGCCUGGUGGUUGGACCACUCGUGAGUUUAUUCGCAUUCUGCGUGGACUGGAGAAGUUGAAUCUCGUUGGUGCCGAUAUUGUCGAGGUUUCGCCUGCCUAUGAUAACAAGGGCGAGACUACUGCGUUGGCUGCGGCCCAGGUCGCCUUUGAGAUUAUUACCAGCAUGGUCAAGUCUGGUGUUGAUGAGGAGCUGGGCGGCUGGUAUGGACGUCGUGAGGAUGGUUCGGGUGGUGUUGGUGUUGUUGAGGUGGAGACUGCUGCCAAGGAUGAGCUGUAA